CUAGUAGCGAUGUUUCUUAUCGACAGAAAAUAUAUCUAGAAAAUAUAUCAAUUCAUAAAAAUUUACUAGAAUUUAAGAGUACUUUUGGAUGCAAUGUUAGACAAGUGCGUGUUGUGUGCAUGAGAGUGAGUGGCAUUGAGUGCGCAAUAUAAAUGGAAUUGCAUGGACGCUACAAAGGACUAAAGAGAUCGACUAAAAGCCCACCAACAAAUUGCACUUUGCGACAACGGCGAACGCUGGUGGAGGCGAAGGAGGCGACGGCAACGGCAAAGCAAACGGAUCUUAAGAAGUAGAAACAGCAGCAGCCACGGCUUUCGGUGGAGCCACACAAGAGCAAUGUGCGAGGUUUGCGCCGAUUUCCAAAAUUUAUUGGAGCUGUAUGAGGUUCGCGUGGCCAGUUCGGAGCUUAAGUUUCAGCUGCUGCUCAAGAGCGAAAUUGAGACGACUUUCAAUUAUAUUCAAUCGUGGCCACAGCGUCAGUGCAUGUGUUUGUACCGGGAUAACAAGAACUAUGAUCGCUUUAAUCUAGUGGUGCAAUCGCUCAUAUGUCUUACGGUGCAACACUUGAAGCACAUUGAUCAUCUAAUCGACAGUUACAAACGGCUAACGGCUAGUGCUGCGCAAGUUGUCGCACAGGCGCAGAGAAAACCCACACCCGAAAAGCCCGACAAGGACUCACACAACGAUAAUGACAACGAGAGCAACAGCAAGCACAAGGAGUCAACGUCCUCGUCGUCGUGUUCGCCACCUUCCGCUGGUGACGACAGUAAAUCAACCCUUCCUGAGGCCAGCGGUGAUGAGGAAAAAAGAGCCUCCGGUGAUGGUCCAGGUCCACCUAAGAAACCGCCAUCACCGCCGCCACUUCAAGUCCCACCAACCAGCAGUAAGGCACAUCCACAAUACACGGAAGAGCCAUGGAUUCUGCCUGAGGUGGAGAAAUUGCUGGUACUCGUAUCCAAGGUAUUUCUGCUCAACUUUCCGCUGUACAUUGCCCAUAAACACGGCAUGCACUCACGUCUGGACGAUCUGCAAGCGGAGGAAGCGCACCACCUGGCUCUAAUCUGUGAUCUGCACGACAACGAUCUACCCAUUUACCUGCUGCGCAACGUGAGCCUGUUUUGCAAUUCUGGAGGCUUUGGCGCCAUGUCACUGUGCUUUGAACACCCGGACUUGCCCGUAUCCACAGCUCACUCCAUGACUGCCACAGUGUCCAAUGUGAAGCUGUGGCUCAACUAUCACUGCAACACACAACUGUUCGUGCCACUGCGCAGCCGCAUUCUGCAAUACAUGUGCAAGCUCUCCGAUCAAAAUCUUCGCUCGGCGGCAACGCGUGCCAUGGCUGACUUUGUGUGGUCCUCCAUGCGUGAUCCGCUGGACGUGGCCGUCAACUUUGAUACCGAAGGCCUAGCUCUGGCCUUUAAGUACUUUACAUCAACUACACUGACGAUGCGUUUGGCGGGCAUGGCCCAGAUCAAUGCUCACAUAAAUCUGUUCAACGAGAUUUGCACCACUGAAACUGUCAAUGAGGUGGAGCUUUUUGGCCAGCGUAUAGCCAACUGGCUAACAGAGAAUCAAAUCGUUCAGCAUCUGUUUGGUCCGAAUCUGCACGUUGAGAUUGUAAAGCAGGCCCAUGUACUUCUUAACUUCUUGGCCGUGGAGAAUCAGAUCUCCGAGGAGGACAUCAAACUGAUCUGGCAGGCGACGCAGCUGAAGCACUGCUCAAAAACUAUAUUUGAUAUAUUGCCGGCGCUGGUAAAGAAUCUGGCACCACGUCCGGCCAUGCAUCUGUAUUCGCUGCUAUGCCGUAUGGAUCCAAAAGAGCACACCGAGCAAAGUAUUUACAUUGCAUCCGCUUUGACCAAGUUGAUUUGGACGCGCGAUUGUACGCGCAGUCAAAUGAAUUUAAUGCAAGACCAUUUGCUUGGCUCCAAUGUGACAGCCUCCAGCUCGGACAGCGGUAGCAUUGAAGGCAGUAACACUGAGGAUGAUCAUGUGGGCGCUGAUGAUAGCAGCAUCGCUAGUGGUGGUGGUGGUGGCCACAAAAGCCCUGUCGAUGGCGUAACACCUUGUAAACAAGCAAGACACAGGCGUCAUAUUUGCGAUCCCACCACGGAGAAGGCCAAGCAAAUGAGCGGCGAUGACAUAGCCAAGGUGGACAUUAAAAACCAUCGCAUUGUCAACAUCAUCGACAACACCAGCAGUGAAGAGGAACUACAAUCACGAGCUGCUUUGGAGCUUCAGCUACAUCGCAAAAAAACAACCAACAAGCGACGCCGUCCGAAAAAUAGCAACAAGCAACAGCAGCCGCUUCUACCGCAUGAGCUGGUCGAAAUAUGGGACGGUGCUGAGGAUGUGCCCAGCAGCGAUGAUGGCGAUGCUGAUGGCGACGGCGAACUUCUCGCCGACAGUGAUGAGUGCAGUGAUAGUGCCGGCCAUCAACUGGUGCCCGCUGCCGUACUUAAGCAUUUGCACGGCGAAGGUCCAUAUAUACGCGCUAUUGCCGAGACGAACAUCAGUGAACUUCUGAGCGGUGCAGAGAAUGAUGGCAGCUAUUCAUCACCCAUGAGCAAUAAAUCAGAGAAGAAUCUCGCUGACUUUGACGACGAGGACGUUUCACCGUGUGAGGAAGAGUUGGCACAACUUGUAAAUUCGCAUGGAGCACGUGUAACCGCCCCGAAUUGUAGAGAUGUGGCUCCUGCUUUUGCAGCUGCCGCCGCUGCUCUGAUGGCCGCUCAAUCAGCAAUGGCUAUGCAAAAGUCUGGUGAAACAAAUGUAGCCGCCGCUGCUGCUGCAGUUGCGGCGGCCGCUGUUGCCACUGGAAAUGCGCAACAGUCAUUAGUAGCCAUGCGGCAACAGGCCAAUGCAGCUGCAGCUGUUGCUGCUGCGGCCGCUGUUAAGUCCAAGUCCGACUCUGAUGUGGAUCUAGUAGACGUGGCCAACAAACAGCAGCACUCGCCCAGGACUAACAAUGCAGCAUCAAGCAAUAACCAGCCCUCCUUUAAGCUAAACGAUGUCUGCCAGCCGGGCAAUACGCUACUCUGGGAUCUGCUUCAGGACGACAAAAUUGGUCAACUUGGCGAAUCUUUAGCCUUGGAGGCUGAGAAGGCGCUAGCAACGCUCCUAUGCUUUAGCAUGGAUCGCCAACUGCGCACAAAAUUCAUUGAAGGCUGUCUCCAUAACGUGGCAAACAAUCGAAGUGUGAUCGUCAGCUUGCGACUUUUGCCAAAGCUUUUUGCGUCAUUUCAACAGUUCCGGCCAUCGGACACACAUACAAUGACUUUGUGGGCAGAACGUAAUCAUCGCAUGAUGCAGUCCUUCUUCAAUAACAUUCGCCACUAUGCCAGGAGGCAUGCAGAGCUGUUGAUCAACCAAAAUGGCGAGCAGCAACAGCAACAACUGGGCCUUCAGCUAUACUCGCACAAGACGCAGGUUUCUGUGCGGCUGCAGUUUCUCUCGUCUAUCUUCUCUUCGGUGGGCUCGCCUAAGACCUUUCGGCUGACGCUGGAGCAGUUGGACGCGCUGUGGGAGUGGCUCGCACAUGAUCCCGAGUGCUCGGAUUGUUAUUUUUCGUGGCUUCAGGCGCAAACGAAGGGCGGUGAUCAGCACGCGCUGGGUAUCGACGCACUGCAGCACCUGUACUUGAAAAAACUGCCAGAGCUGCGUCCAGAAGAGUUUUCUAUGGUGGCACUAGGACUGUUCCAGCAAUUGUGCAGCUUCGCGCGGAUCGCGAUGGCCGAGUAUGAGAAGCACAGUGAGGCCAUUACUGCCAACUCAAGCGCCGUGGGAAUGUACCACUUAUGGAAGAUUGCAUUGCGCGCCCAAAGCAAUGAGGUCUCGCUGGCAGCGAUCCAAUACAUCAACAUGUAUUACAUGGGCCAGCAGUUGCGCCUAGAAAGGGAGUUUGUGUCGCAGUGCAUGGACAAUCUCGUACAAGCGGCUACGGCGCUGGAAUGCAUUGAGGACGAGAAUGCGUUGAUGCGAGUGCAGCGCGGGUUGUUGUUGCUUAACACUCAUCUGGACACAUUCAGGCGACGGUAUGCUUUUCACUUGCGCCGCUGGGCCAUCGAGGGCAAGGGGAUUGGCUCGCACAGCAAUUUGAAAAACGAGGGUGCCGGCCCACCACUGCGAAUUGUGCUACAACAGGCGGGCUUAUCAGAAAAAAGUCUGCUGCAUAUGCAUGCCUGCGAUCUCAUCGCUGAUCUUAAAGCGGAGGUCUCUAAAUGGUGGGAGAGCCUGCAGUCGGGCAUCGCGGCGCCAGUGUUGGGCCUACUGUUAAGCGAUGGUCCUCUGAGGAUUAUUACACAGGGCCAGGAGCUUACAUCGGAUUAUGACGAACGCACUCUGGGUGACGCUGGUUUCAAAGACAAUCAGAUUGUGUAUGUUUCACUGGGUGGACGCGGUGCUCGGCGUAAGGAAACGAACGUAGAGCAUCCAUCAAUGUUACCGCCGCCGCCCAAGGAAUGCCUGCCCACGGUACUCCUCCUACAGCCCAAGUACUUUGAGAAACUGUUCUGUUUGAUGCAAACGCUAGGAGACAUGAAGCCGCAAUCUUCAACGGUGCAUCUGCAGCAUCACACAAAGGCGCAGUUGUUGUCGCGCCGUGUGUGGGAUAUUUUGGCCAUGUUGCCCACCAAUCCGCAUAUACUAGAUGCUUUCAAGAAUCUGGUUAACGAUCUCAAUGAACUGCAGCAACUGGACGAUCAGGAGCAGCUGGCCAACAAGCGCAAACAAAUCAAGCAAAAAUUUAACGAGCUGCUUGAUCCCAGCAAUCUUCAAAAGUUCAUGUACUCUUUGCACAUCGUCGAAAGCCUGGCGUUGAGUAGCGGCCAGCGUCAAACUGGUGCUUCCGUUGGUCCUGGUGGGGCUGGCGCCAAUGGCAAUCUGGCUACUAGUGACCAGCCUCGCAUCAAAAAGAGCGCAAACAGACGGCACAACAGCAACGAGCAGCCGGCGGAGCCGAAACGCAGCAGCAGCAGCAGUGAUUGCAGCAAAGAGCAGUCAGUGGGGGGCGACCUGGAGGCCACGGCUACUUUAGCACCACGUUCUGGCAGCGACGCAGAUAUAAGCGAGUUGGUCGGCGGCGAUAAGGAAAACCAGCCUAAGCAGCACAGUAAACGGCAGAAAAAGAUCGAUGGCCUUGACCAGGACCGUCCAUUGGGCUGUGCCACACCGCCGCCACCUUCGCCAGCAUCCACAUUACCAGCAACACCAGGGCGCAGUGCGCUGGUUGGCGAGAGUAGCAAGUGGAGCGAAGCAUUUAUCAAGUGCGGCGGGCUGCAGCAUCUGUACGAGAUCUUUAGUGCUGGACAGCUGCAGCAAAGCGCGCAUGCCAAAGAGCUUGCGCUAAACGAAUGGCGGCAUGAUUGCUUGGCCAGCCUUUUGCGAAUUCUUUGGUUGUUGGGCUUCGAGGAGCUACAGACACAGGAUGUGCACGUGCUGAUGUCGCGACCACAUGCGUUCAUGCUGCAGCUAAUGGAAGUGCCCCAGUGCCUACAGCGUCUGUCCAGCAUACUUAACGAUGAAGUCCAUCAACAUUUGUCAGCCGGCGCCACUUCAAUGGUAUUCCCAUAUCAGUUUCAUCAACUGCGGACUGGUUUCUGGGGACGUGCACAGCUGGUUCAGUUUACUAUGAACAUUCUGGUGAGUUUCGUGCAUGCUUCAGCAGAGGCGCGUAGCUUACUCUGGUCUCAACCGGAACAAUGUAAUUGGCUGCAAAAGUUCAUACUGGAAGACCCAGAGCCGGCGGUGCGUCGGGAAAUUUGCGCCGGUCUCUAUCGCAUAUGCUUGGGCAAUGCGCAGAGUUACCGCCUACUGUUAGCUCCUCUGCUCCACAAGCUUAUUGCAUUGCUGCCGCGUGCCGAGCAAAUGAGUUCUUCAGUGCAGCACACCCAGUUUUUGCUUUCUGAAGAGGGCAAGGAGCCAUAUGGACCAGCUUGUCGGGAUUAUUUUUGGCUACUGGCGCGCCUUGUUGACACUUUGACGCCCGAAAUGGUAGCCGAGGAGCGUAUCGAUAUUGAGUUGCUAUGCGAGAGCGUUUCGGAGAGCAUUCUCAGCCGCGACUACCACGAACUGCGCCAUGGCUAUCAGGAUGAUGGAUUAGUGGGCUUACUCAAUCUCAUGUCCAAUCUAAUUAAGUACGACACUAGCUACAAAUACAGGCCCAAGGCAUUGAGCUUUAUUGAGCAGCUAAUCGAGUUCCUGUUCGAAAUGCCCUCUCCAGCUAACCGCCAGAAACCCAAAUGCAAAUCAGCCACUUCCCGUGCCGCUGCCUAUGAUCUGCUGGUGGAGCUGUGCCGCGGCUGUGCCACCAACUAUAGCUACCUGCACGCUCGGCUGCUGGCGCAACACAGGUCCGGUCCGAAACAGCCAUAUCCUUGGGAUUAUUGGCCACGUGACGAGGGUCGUGCCGAGUGUGGCUAUGUGGGCCUCACGAAUUUGGGAGCUACCUGUUACAUGGCCUCCUGCAUACAGCAUCUAUACAUGAUGCCACAGGCCCGAGCAGCUAUUUUGCGACUGCCGCCAGCUGGCACCCAAAAACAUGCGCCGACGCUGCUGGAACUGCAGCGCAUGUUCGCAUAUCUGCUGGAGUCGGAGCGCAAAGCUUAUAAUCCGCGCAGCUUCUGUCGUGUGUAUCAGAUGGAUCAUCAGCCCCUUAAUACGGGCGAGCAGAAGGACAUGGCUGAGUUCUUCAUUGAUCUGGUGUCUAAGCUAGAGGAAAUGACGCCAGAUCUAAAGCAUUUGGUAAAGCGUUUGUUUUGCGGCACUUUAAGCAACAAUGUCGUUUCUCUGGACUGCGGUCAUGUCUCACGCACCGCUGAGGAGUUUUAUACGGUUCGGUGCCAAGUUGCGGACAUGCGAAAUUUGCAAGAGUCGCUCGAUGAGGUGACUGUCAAGGAUACGCUUGAAGGCGACAACAUGUACACAUGCUCGCAGUGUGGCAAAAAAGUGAGAGCUGAAAAGCGUGCCUGUUUCAAGAAACUGCCUCAGAUCCUGUGCUUUAACACCAUGCGGUACACCUUCAAUAUGGUGACCAUGCUGAAGGAGAAGGUCAACACGCACUUUUCGUUUCCAUUGCGACUCAACAUGUGUCACUACGUAGAAAAGACGUUGAUGCCGCAGCAAUACAAGGAGGACCGCGAGAAGCGCAAACGUGAACUUCAACAAAAUGAGAAUGAUGAGGGGGCUGAGAAUGAAAAGGCUGAAGCCACACUAGACGCAGACAUCGAGGAGUGCUAUGAGUACGAAUUGGUUGGCGUUACAGUGCACACGGGAACAGCGGACGGUGGGCAUUAUUAUAGCUUUAUUAAGGAGCGCACGAAAAGCAACUACCAUCCGCACGAGCGUUGGUUCCUGUUUAAUGAUGCUGAGGUCAAGCCUUUCGAUCCCUCGCAAAUAGCGGCCGAGUGUUUUGGUGGCGAAAUGACGAGCAAAACCUACGACUCAGUGACUGAAAAGUAUUUGGACUUUAGCUUCGAAAAGACAAACUCAGCGUAUAUGCUAUUCUAUGAACGUCGCUUACCAGAGCAUCUGCAGCGUCGGCACUCGGAACUUCUGGCCACGCCAACGCCAAGUCCCACUAAUGAGGAUAAGACAGAAACAGACGAGCCGCCCAAAGCGGAGAAGGUCAAUAUAAAUAAAAGUGAUCUGAAGACAGCGGACAUUGCGGACACAGUUAAGGCAGAGCCGGAGCAAGUGGUUCCGAUCAAGAACGAUGUUGAAAACUUGCAGCAGGAGGACGAACAAACCGAAGAGCAAGACGAGAGUCAAAAGAAGGAAGCGAGAGGAAAGGAUCAAAUUACAGCCAAUUGUGAUAAUUUAAAGUCGAAUAGUAAAGAAACGCAGGCGUCAACCUCAAAGGCGGCCGCCGUCGUGGAAGCAAAAGCGUCUAAUAAGCUACAACAGUUUCGUCCAUUGUUGAGUAAGGAGCUGGAAGAUUGGAUUUGGCAGGAUAACCGACAGUUCUUGCAAGAUCGAAAUAUCUUCGAGCACACCUACUUCAACUUCAUGUGGCAAAUUUGCGGUCACAUACCACAGACGUUAAUCUCGGAGACGGACGUCACUUGCAUGGCCGCUAAGUUGUCCGUGUCAUUUUUCAUUGAAACAUUCAUACAUGCCAAGGAGAAGCCCACCAUGGUUCCUUGGGUAGAGCUGCUUACAAAGCAAUUCAACGCCAGUGAAGAGGCUUGCGAAUGGUUCCUCUCGCACAUGUCGGUUGAACCUUUUUGGCCUGUGCAGGUGCUAAUUCAAUGCCCAAAUCAAAUGGUGCGUCAAAUGUUUCAGCGUUUGGUCGUUCAUGUUAUACAGCGGCUGCGCGCGUCGCAUGCUGAUCUGUAUCUGGGUGUGGAUACAGACGAAAACGACAGGGAGCUGAUUGGUCAAGCAUCAUGUGUUACACGCUUCAUAAGCUCGCUAAUUUCACUGCUGGAACAUGGAGCGCGCUCUCAUCUGCGUCAUCUAUCCGAGUACUUUAGCCUGCUGUGUGAGUUCUCGCGCAUGGGCGAUGAAGAAGCCAUGUUUUUGUUGCGCAUCGGCGUUCUCAAGAGUCUGGUAGACUUUUACCUGGGCCAUAAGCAAACAGAUAGUAUUGACAUCAGCUCAGACAAUGAGGACAACUCUUCAGAUGAGGCACUCUCAGUAGAAAAAAUGCGUCCAGCAUCGCUAGACAAAAUGAUUGCACUAUGUGCUAGUCUUGUCGAGCGUUCGCGAGGCGCUGAUUUUCGAUUGCGUCUAUCGCCCAAAGACUUCAAUGCCAUUGCCGGUGGAAAGGGUUUUCCAUUUUUGUAUCAACAAAUAAAGGAUGGCAUUAAUCCGCACCAGACAAAGCAUUUAAUCCACGCGCUCUGCCGCUGGGACGAUCGUUUGGCUACACAAAUCAUCAGUAUGCUCUUCGCCUCGGUCACCAAACACACUGAGCUCUGUGCACCAUUCUUCAAGUUGCUGACACUGCUCACCGAGACGCAGGGCGGUCCAGUUGGCCUGCCAUGUUUUACGCAGCUGGUGUUGCCACGCAUGUGGGAUGCGGCAGAGUACUGUCCACAGUCUGUGCUCGACUGGCUGUCGCUGCAGGCCACCAAGAAUAAAAUAGCGCAUGCCUGGAUUCUUCAGUCGGCCGAGCAAUGGCUGGAACAAUUUUUACUCGCGCAUGAUAAUACGCGCGUAAGAAAUGCCGCUGCCUGCCUGCUGGUGGCGCUGGUGCCCUCCCAGCCGUUUCGUGCCAACUUCCGCGCUCACUCACAACAUAAGUUGUUGGCUCUCAAUCCGCACAGUUAUCGGGACAUCAACAGCGAUGCCCAGGUGGUGCUGCAUCAAGUGAUAACAUUGCUGCUGCGGCUGCUGCGUCCAGCACGCGCUUAUGCAGACAUAGGGGCACAUGGCACUACCAAGCUGACCGCCUAUUUUAAUCUACUCAGCUACUGUAUGGUUUCUAAGACUGAAAAACUAAUGAUAGGUUCAUUUAUGCGCUCCCUAUGGGAGCUGUUUCACCCGCGCCUCUCUGAGCCCAGUGUGCCGGCGCAUCAUAACAAACAUGCCUUGCUCACCUUUUGGCAUCACUCGCUUGUCGACUGCCCAGAAAAUGCGGCCCUGGUGGCCAACUGCCCGGAGAUAACGCGGAACAUUGCAUUUAACUAUAUACUUGCCGAUCACGAUGAUUCAGAGAUUGUAACUUACAAUCGGUCCAUGCUGCCGGCCUACUAUGGACUGUUGCGAUUAUGCUGCGAGCAAAGCCGAACACUCACCCGACAGUUGGCGCAGCAUCAAAAUCUACAAUGGGCCUUUAAAAAUAUAACGCCGCAUCCCACACAAUAUGCUGCCGCAGUAGAUGAGCUAUUUAAACUAAUGGCGCUUUUUGCUACCCGCCAUCCGGAUGCCAGCGAACAGGAGAAGCUGGAUGUCAUAGCUUUUAGACGCUCCGUCAUUGUAUCUUACACAAGCAGUCUGGAUGCACGAGUGUCCUGGUCUACCCUGAUUAGCGCCCUGAAAAUACUCGUGGACAAUGACGAUGACCGCAUGCUGGUCAUUUUCAACGGAGGCAUUGAGAUGUGCUUUGAGGCGUUGCACACGCUACAUUCCAUGCACCACGAGGCCACUGCCUGUCAUGUGGCUGGGGAUCUAUUGGAUCUUCUUGGAGAAAUGGUGCUUCUGCUGGCGACGCUGCGCAUGCGUACCGAUAACCCGGCGCAAAAAAAGCAACAGCAACAGCAGUUGGAACAGCAAAUGCAACUGCAGCAGCAACAGAUGUUGCAAAAACAACAGCAGACGCAGUGUACUCAAGCCCCACAGACGCCCCAGCAAAAAGAGAAGCAGCUGCAGCAGCAAAUGCAGCAACAUCUGCAAUUACAGCAAAUGCAGUUGCAGCAACAGCAUUUUCUGCGUCAACAACAUCAGCACUCGGCACUGGCAAAGGCGCUGCCUGAUGCGAUCAAGCGACUAGCUACGCUGCUUAACACAUUUAACUCGCCGGAGAUUAGUCGUAUGGCCCUCGAGGUGCUCAAGGAGCUAGUGCGCAACACGAGCCUGGAGGCCACCAUCAUUCUGGCGCCCAUUCUGAUCAACUGCCAUUUGUCCGUGGCCAAUGCACCAAAUGCAAUAGGCCCGUUAGGACCUUAUUUUCCGCGUCGCGGUGCAAAGCAGACGUCCUGGCCGUUAGGUGCCAAAAAUUCACCUCGACCCCCAAGGCCAAUGGUGCAAAUGUGCAUUGCUUCGUCGGAGCUGACACCACGUGGUCUUGAUAUCGAGUACGAUGCACAAGUGGACGCCUUUUACAGGCCGUAUCAUGACUUUAUCGACGUCAUGCUGCGCAUGUGCGUCAAUACAGGCACCCUUAACGACACUCUGGUCAAGCUUCACUGCCUGGUGGCCAUAGAGUCAACACCGUUGCAUUUUAACUACUUUCCUAAGUUCUGGGUGGGCAUCCACAACAAUGCAUUAACACACAAAUAUUCGGAGCUGCUUGUGAAGAAUCAGCUGCUAAUAGAGUAUCUGCAUAAUGUGCUCAGAGACGAGCGCAGCAUGCUGAAGGAUGCAUUUGUGCGGGAAUUUUUGGAGUUGUAUUACCACAAAGUGGCAGCACAGCUUCCUGUUGCGCGAAUGAUCUACACGAUUAAUUAUGGCAUGCACUCUAAGGAUGACAUUGACGAGCUGUGCGGCGAUCUAUUUGCCAUACGUAUUAUUGCCCAAGCUACUGGUGUGCCGACUUCGGUGCGCAAGGAGCUGCGUGGAUCAUUACGGGCCCUGCUUAACAAGAGCGAACGUUUUAAGAAGGAAGCGGAACGAGAUCAAUUUCCUAACAAAAAGCUAAAACGGGACUCCUGUCAUGAAAAGGAACACUCGCAACCGGCAGCGCAAUCGGAGCCGGAGGUAGCAAACAAUUUGACUGAUAAAGAGAAAGCCGAAUCAGUCGAUAAAGCUAGCAUUGUCGACGGAACUACGGAUACGCCCAGUGGAACGGUUGAUGCAGUUAAAGCUGUUGGAACUGUCGCGGAGACUGAACCGGCGGCAACCGCUGAUUACGUGGACGUACGUAUCGAGAGCCCAGAAUCCGAGAAGCUAGAGAAAGCAUCGAUUCCCUCGUCGGACGAUGAGACUGAACUGGAGGAUGAAUUGGAGCCUACGCCAAAGCGCAAUAAAAAAUCGGUGAACAAAAAAACCGCACAAGAUCGUGUUAACGAGGAUCGCAAGAAGCGUCUAAGCACCUUGCUCACUAUGGAGUCGUACAUACAAAGCAUUUUUACCAUCAUUAAACGGGACGCAAAUGCAUCGAGCGCGGCACAAAACAAAGAACACCCCAGUGAUGAGUUUGCAGUUGAGGCGUCUACAUCAGCAGCUGCGGCAAUCAAGUCAAAGCCUAGGGGUGCGUCUACGCCUCCAGAACCCGAGGACGAUGUGCUGCAAGGCAAAUACAACAUUGAGACGGACACAGUACUGUGCUGCAAAUCCAAGUUAAAUGGCAGGGAGCAAGAGAUGGCCAAAUUCGAUGAACUGUCGCCUGCAACUGCGGUUGUCAACAGCAACGUUUCCGCAGCGGCCACCAGCUCAGUGGCUGGCGUUGCGUCAGCGACACAGGCAGCGAGUCCAACACAAAUUUAGUUGUCGUUCAAUGAUUUGCUUAGCAUUUUAUUUUUCGGCAAGCCAUUGGACUGAUGACACGCAGCAUGUGGGAAUCACACAAUGGCUAAGCUCUAAGGUACUGCAAAUUUUUGGCCAAAGGUCGAAAGUUGCAUUGAAUGAUUUGAACCAAGGUUGCUGCUUGCCUUGGGCGAGCCUGUGCUCCGGUAAAAGACUUUUGAGCAAGAGAAUUAUACUAAAUUAAAGUUAAUCUGGCAACAUAAAAAAUCGGUAGCAAAUAAAUUCAAUUCACACUCAGACAAACACUCCCACAUCCUCACACCCACAUAUAUAUUGAUUCAACAUGCCACGGUCUCACACACACACACACACACACAUAUAUAUACAUAUAUAUACAUAUAUAUAUAUAUAUAUAUGCAAUGCAUGCAUUAACAUACAUAAACAUAUAUGCAUACAUACAGCUAGAAAUAAUGAUAAACGUUACUAUUUUAAGACUUCCACGACCGCAAAUUGUCCAAAUCAUAAAAAAAACAUAAUUCCCAUUUGAAAAUGUUAGUUAAGUAAAAAGUUUAAAUAUUAUAUCAUUGCGUGAACCUUGUUAUGCACUACGAAUGCCAAAAGCAAAAGCAUUAUAAGCAACAUAGAGAAAGGAAAAAUAAUAACUGAUAAUGAAAUGAAACGAAGAAAAUGAGUUGAAAAACGGCUUAUGAGACGCUAAUAUCUAUAUAUGUUGUAGUAGAACCUUUAGAUACGUUUUACGCUGCUAAUUAUAUUUGGAUUAGUUUCCUGUCAUGUUCGCAAUCGCUACCCAUCCUCUCCCUAUUCAUGUGCACUAUAACUGUAUUUUAGACACAAAUGAACAGAUAUUAUAUAAUUAACCAACUUUAUUAAAAUAAAAGAAUGUGUAUCAAUUUUCAUUGUAAAUUGCUGAACGAUACGAAUUAAAUACAUUUUACGUUCUUUAGUUCAUGUGAGAAUAAAUUGUAAUUACGCACAUAAGUCUAGUAAGUUGUCUAUGUGAAACAUAAAGGACGAAGCUUAAAAACCAUCCCUUUAAAGGGGCGCAUAAAAUGUUAGUCUUAAGCAACAGCAAACGAUCGAAAUCUUAAAUAUGUAAUGUUGAAAAACAAAAGAGAAUCAUAAGCAAAUAAUAAAAAAAAAAAACAGCAUAUAAGUUUAAAUCAUAUGUAACUAUA